AUGGAAAACUACAAUCCAUACCCAAAUACUAAACUUUCCAGAUUAGACUUAUGGCUUAUAAGAUUAUUUAUUUCCUCUGUGUGCUUAGCUCAGCGUAUUCUCUUUAUAAUAACUCUUGUCCAUUUAUUCUAAGAGGCAUAGCUUUUCACCUUUACUUUUAUGCUGCUAUUUCAUAUUUUUUUAGUCAUCUUUUCAUUCAUUAAUAUCCUCCUAAACUUUCAUCACUAAAUUAAGAUUUCAAGACUGCAGCGUCUCUUUUGGGAGUUUUUAUAUUUUCUUCCAGACUCUGAUGCUCAAGACAAAAUGAUAGUUGACAAUAGUGCGAAUAUGAUUAUCAAGCUGGUGUUUGAUGUCAUUUGCAAUUUUAUACUGCUUAUUAACAUAAUCAUAUUAAAGUAGGAAAAAUGGAGCUGGAUAGCAACUUAAAUAGUCAACACACUCAUGAUAUUAAUUGAGUUUUACAUUAUUGAAAGCAAGCAUGAAACUUUUAAAAAGAAAAUAUCUUACAUAGUAACAGCUUUUCCUCUCCUUGUGCUGCUGCAAGGCUACAUUAUAAUUAAUCUAAGGUCUCUAGUAAUUUUCUUCUACAUAGCCUUUUUAUUUAUUUUCUCUCUUUUACUGCAUCUCUGUAAAACAUUUUAAUCUCUACGCUUUAAACUUCAGUAUGAGCACGAAGUAAUUAAUCCUUAUAAGUCAUUCUUUAAGACAUUCUUUUGGUUUAUAUCUCAGCUAUCAGUUUAUUUUAAAUUCAGAAAAAACUGUCAUGCAGAGACUUUUUAGAGAAAAUAUGAAGUAUACAACUUGUACUCUGCUUCACAAAUUACAUAAAUUUUCCUUUUAGGAUAUUUAGAUAUAAAAUUCAAUCCUUAAAAUUCAAAUGAAAGUUAUAGGAGAAUCCUGCAUGUUUGUUUGAUAUCAUUAACAUUUUACAUUACUAAAGUAUUUAAAUGGUUUAAGAAAUACAUGAAGGAAGGUCCUUACUGCAGAAACAUAGAAUUAGAUUGCAGUAAGACUCAAGCUUUGAGCAUGGAAGAAGUUAAAAAAUAAUAUUUCAACUUCAACUAAAAACAAAAAUUUAUGAAAGUCAGGUUUAUCCGAUUUGAUUAGCAAUAAUUUGAAAGAAUAUUCGAUUAUUUAAUUAAGCAAGAAAAAUCCUUAACAAUGUAUGUUAAAGAGGAAAACAUCAACAGACGUAAUUUAGAAAACUUCGAAACUUAUAACUUCAACAAAUUAGUUUCAGUUUAAUUAAAGUCUGCUGAAUACACUUAAGCUGUAUUAAAAAUAAUAAACCAGAACCUGUUAAAAGACUAUCGAUAUAUAAUUAAAAUAUGUGAUAACAAUAUUAAAUAUCAUGUUUUGUACAACAUUCUCCUCAAUCAUUAGCUAAUUCCUAAUUUAGUCAUCCACUCCUAGCUCUUUAAUCCAAACAUUUUCCUCUAUGUAAAUGAAAUACGAAAAAUAAUUGUUUACAAUAAAUACAUAUCUGAAUUUAUGAUACACUCUCCUGUGCAAAUCUACUAUGAUCUCUUCGAUUAUUGA